GUCCCGCCCAUUCUCACCCACAAUGAAUCUCAAAGCUUUGGAAAAAAGCUAGAGCCACUACCGAUUUCUCCGGCUUCACAAAUUCCUUGUCGGAUUCUUGAAAUAAUAAUUACUUUGGUGUCCAUGAUUUACGAAUGGGUUCAUCGACGCGGAGAAGACAAUUGAUUCGUUUGUAAAGUUUGAAGUAACGUUUGCUGGUUUCUUGUUAAUAAGGAAGAACGCAUUCAGGCUAUGUGGCUCCCUGAUUAGCUCCAUAAUUUCAUUCUCAAAUCACGGCGAGUUUAAUCGGGGGAAAUUACCAGAAAGCACAUUGAAGGAUGACCGAAUACAAACUGGUGGUUGUGGGAGCUGGUGGUGUUGGAAAGAGUGCUCUGACUAUUCAGCUCAUCCAGAACCACUUUGUCGACGAAUAUGAUCCCACAAUUGAGGACUCCUAUAGGAAGCAGGUGGUGAUCGAUGGAGAGACAUGCCUGUUGGACAUUUUGGACACUGCAGGUCAGGAGGAGUACAGCGCCAUGAGGGACCAGUACAUGAGGACCGGAGAGGGUUUCCUCUGUGUGUUUGCCAUUAACAACAUCAAAUCAUUUGAGGAUGUACACCUUUACAGAGAACAGAUAAACCGCGUGAAGGACAGCGAGAACGUUCCCAUGGUCCUGGUGGGGAACAAGAGCGAUCUCAGCACCCGCUCCGUGGAGUCGCGGCAGGCCCAGGAGCUGGCUCGCAGCUACGGUAUCCCUUUCGUGGAGACCUCUGCCAAAACACGACAGGGUGUGGAGGAUGCCUUUUAUUCCCUUGUGAGGGAAAUCAGGAGAUACAAGGAGACGAAUCGCAGCAACAAGAAGAGCAAGAAAAACACACAGAGACGUUGCACUUUGCUAUAGCACCGCACUACGCAUCUCCACUGAUAACAUCUUAUCAUACCAUACACACACACACGCACACACACACCACCCUGCUAUAGUGUUUUACAUAUGCUGACAUCCUCAUAAACCCCUUCUAUAGCACAGUGUGCAUACUGCCUGCACACAACCUCUGUUUGCAGCAGAACACACAUACUGAGUACACAGAGAGACUCGUUUCACUUUUACACACAUUGUUGAUUUAAGUGUCUAAUAUGAGUUUUUGGAGAGAGACAUACACACACAAUUACAGAAUGAAGACUGGCACAGUGAUUUUGUCUGUUGCCCAUUUCCAUCCCUGAUUGACUUCCAAGACUUUGACUCAGAACAGUGAGUGACUAGUGAGUACAGAUUUUUGUUCAAGUUCAGGUCUGUUCCAUUGAUUUUAGCUGCUGGCGGUGGUCCAAGCCCCAUGGCUUUUGAUGAGCAGCCAGCCAGAUUAUUACAAUAAUCAUGAACAAACUUGUUUGUAAGGAACUCUGAAAUAUGUAAUCCUGAGUAGGUGCAAGAGAAGGCACAUCUUGGUCAGUUCUGUUGAAAUUGCAAUGUUCUAGGAAUACCUGUCCUAGACUAAUUAAUUUUCAACUGUGGAUGGACCUGUACUUGUACAAUUUUGUUAUCCAGUCAUGAACAGGAACAAGCUCCAACUGUAUUUAUUUGGGGUUGACUUUUAUCAUGACCAAUCCCCCACGCAGUUGGAAAGCUACUCCAGAAAUGACUCCCUGGGGUGACUGUUCUAUGCACCACCUUACAGUCUUAUUUUGGGCUUUAGAUCAGAGGACAUGCCAAGGAUUACUGUUGUAGUCAUGCCAACCUUGCAGUCUGAUGGUGUCUCUAAAGAGGAACUGUGAUGUGCUGGAAUGGGCCUUUGAAGAGAAAGGAAGUAUGUUUUAGCAGUAGUUGGGUAUAUUUUGGCGCGUUGGCUUGACAUUCCCGCUUGCCAGCAGAACAGUUCUGCUUGGUCAGUUUUGAAGUGUCUCUUGAUCCCUUUUUUGAGGGGGAGCGCGGAGAGGUCACUUUGUUGUCGGUCUCUGAUCUUUGCCCAACUACUGCUGAUUAGAUCUCUGUUAAGUGGGUUCACAAGCUAGAAGGUGCAGGUGCACCUGGCCUGGUCAAUGGCUUUCAUGGCCUUAAACCCGGAGAAGACACUCACUGUGGUGGGGAUGUAUCAGAGACAUCUACCAGCUUUCCCUUAAAAAAUGUUAACGUACUUUGAUCCAGCUCAUUAACUUGAAUCAUUGUGCACCCAUUGAAAUAAAACCUGGAUUUUGGUUCUGAGGGCUCAUCAUCUGCUCAUCCCACGGGUUAGUGAUAAGAGGACAGAAAGUGAGUCUUGCACAUGUUUCUAACGCCCAACAGGAAGUUCUGUGGAAAUGUGCGGUUAGCGAGUAUUUGGUUGAAUACUUCCUCAAUCCUCACAGCAUUAAAUGUAAAUUGAGUGAGCAUGAUUGGAAGGCAAGAGCAGAGGGGUGUGGGAUUGACCUUUUAUAUAGCCGUGUCCUACCUUUUUGCUUCUUUUUGAACAUCUAGGCAAGGCGAUUCCCAAAAGGGAGAGGUGAAAUUUUGCCACUGAAAGGUUUGGGGGAAUUCUGAAAUUGGGCUUUCUUAUGAGUUAGAAUACUACUGUGUGAAUGCUAUUAAUGUGGGAACGUGAGGUUUUGUGCGUAUGUGUGUGUUUUAAAGAGCACUCUUGUCAGCGGACCUCAGAAAGAAUCAUGUGACUCAAUGUCUGUAGAGUAGUUUGUGUUCCCAUGGCUGCAACAGGACCCAUGGACAGUCUCUAGGAAAAGGACAUCAGUUUUGCCAUGGGAUCCAGACCUAAAACAUUCCUCUUAGAGUGAUCAGAUGUUGUAGCAACCUUUGUUUGUGAAUAAAAACAUUUUUGGAUAACUAA